AUGAGACUGACGAUUGCAGCGGUAACCCUCUGCCUGGUCGCUUUGACCAGCGCAGCAUACGUUCCGGUGGAAAAACCAGUGACUGGCGUCCAAUAUGCCAACCAGGAAUUCCUAGUGAAACAGAAAUUUUUCUUCGAGGUCUUCCGCAACAUUCAUCUACCACUCACCUAUGAAGAGUACCUGCCGUACACCAAGACUUGGGUCUACGAUGAAACCAAAUACACAGAUUUUAAGCAAGUAUCGGAAUUCUUCGACUACUAUAAAUUCGGCUUCCUACCAAAGGGAGAACUGUUCACUAUUUACAAUAAGGAAUACUUGAAGCAGACCUACUACCUAUUUAACUUCUUCUACAACUCUGCUGACUGGGACACCUUCUACAAGAACGUUGUCUGGGCUCGCGAGAAUGUUAACGAGGUGAUGUUCAUCUACGCCCUAACCAUGGUUACGUUCCAGCACCCAGAGCUGAAGGGAAUCGUGCUGCCGCCGAUCUACGAAAUCUAUCCGUACUAUUUCUUCAACACUGACGUGAUUCACAAGGCGCUGUACAAGAAAUUGUACGAACCUAAGUUUGGAUUCGCUAGCAAUGGCAAGUACAAUAUUGUCUACUCGAACUACACUGCCGUCUACCCGUUGACCUACUACGGUGAGGACAAACUCAGCUACUUCACCGAAGAUAUCGGCCUAAACUCAUACUACUACUACUUCAUGAUGGACUAUCCAUUCUUCGUCGGACAGGAGAAAUACAACCUGUUCAAAGAUCGCCGUGGAGAACUGUACCUGUACAUGUACCAGCAGCUCAUUGCUCGUUAUUAUUUGGAACGUCAAGCUAACUUCAUGGGACCAAUCGAAGAAUUCAACUGGGAAUUCCCGAUCAAGACCGGCUAUACACCAAAGCUCAGCUACUGGAAUGGAGUUCCAUUCUAUGGACGCAACGACUACUACAGCGUACCGAAGUACAACUACUACAAUGUUGAUCUGAUCAAGGACUACGAAGCUAGAAUCCGACAAGUGAUUGAUCAAGGAUUCAUGUACCUAGAGGAUGGAACCAAGGUUGACUUCCGUAAACCUGAAGCUAUUGAUUAUCUCGGCAACUUGAUCAACUCGAACCCAGAUAGCUAUGAUAACGAAUAUUACAAGAACAUUGAGUUCUACGCCCGUCUGCUAUACAGUGGUGCUAACUACUUCUACCCCGAAUGGAAGGAAUUCCCGAGCGCACUGAUGCAUUUCGAAACCUCGAUGCGCGAUCCCUUCUUCUACCAACUGUAUUACAAGAUUCUCAGCUACUACUGGCAGUUCAAGAGCUACCUUCCAUACUAUACUUACGACGAGCUGUAUUACAAGGGUGUUGAGAUCAAGAAUGUUGUGUUCGACAAACUGGUUACCUAUUUCGAAUAUUUCGAUGCCGACAUUAGUAACGUCAUCCCAAUGGGAUUCUCAACCGACAAAUACUGGGACUUCUCGGUUUAUGCUCGCCAACAGCGCAUCAACCACAAGCCAUUCACUUACACCAUGGAUGUUUACUCGGAGUUUGCCGGUAAGGGCGUAGUUCGUAUGUACAUGGGACCUAAGUUCUACGACGUCAAGGAACUGCAAUACCUGAAGAAAUACUUCGUUGAAGUCGACCAGUACGUAUAUGACUUUGUCGUUGGUCCAAACUCAGUGGUAAGAAACUCCCGUGACUACUACUGGAGUGUUCGCGACCGCACCACUUACAGUGAUCUGUACAAGAAGAUCAUGACUGCCUACAAGGGUGAAGGCAAGUUCGUCCUGGACAUGUCGGAAGCUCACUGCGGAUGGCCGGAUCGUCUUUUGCUACCAAAGGGUCUCCCAGGAGGCUAUGAGCUCACCUUCUACUUCAUCAUCACUCCGUAUUAUGCUCCUAAGGUACAACAGUUCUCUACUUACGAAUACAGCUACAGCUGUGGUGUUGGAUCGGGCUCGAAAUACAUCGACGACCUACCGUUCGGAUUCCCCUUCGAUCGUGAGAUCAACUUUAGCUACUUCUUCACCAAGAACAUGUACUUCAAGGAUGUGUUCAUCUACCACAUCGACGAUGUAAAGCUAAAUCAAUCGUACUAAACAGAC